AGGGAGAGAUAUCCUCCCAUUAUCCCAAGCCUUGUCCUACUUAAUUGACCGACAUAACACUUGCUUAAUUGGCCUUGUUUUUUAUUCUAAAGUUACAAAAUUUUCAAUGAACUAAUAGAAUUAUACAGAAAGAGGUUAUUGUCCUAUUGAUCGAUUGCUCUAUGUCAUUACAAAAGGAUCGGAGUAUCGUUAUUUUGUAUUUUUAGUUAAAUACUCAAAUGUACGAAUCUAUAAAAGGUUUUUGUCUCAACAUAUAAUAGUAUGUAUAUAUAUGUUGUGAGAUCGAACAAUCAAUAGUAAUAGUAGUCGGGAGGAAACAAGAAUUUGAGUUAGUUAAUUUUUCUAAAAUAGUUAGAAAAAAUGGGUGCAACUAUAAAUCUAUUAGUGAUGGCUUCAAUGCCAAUAGCAAAGGUGCUAUUACUUGCGGCCAUUGGUUCCUUUCUUGGUUUAGAUCACGUUAAUAUUUUGGGUGAAGAUGCUCGUCACCAUUUGAACAAAGUUGUGUUUUAUGUAUUCAAUCCGGCGCUUGUUACUAGCACCUUGGCAAAGACAAUAACCUUUGAAAGUUUUCUUACAUUAUGGUUUAUGCCAGUGAACAUCUUUAUUACAUACCUACUUGGCUCAAUACUUGGGUGGGUCCUUAUCAAAAUUACAAAAGCUCCAAGGCAUCUCAAGGGCCUUAUUAUAGGAGCUUGUUCAGCAGGUAAUUUGGGAAAACUUCCCCUCAUCAUCGUCCCAGCAAUGUGUAGAGAAAAAGGAAGCCCCUUUGGAGAUGUUGAUGUUUGCCAAUCAUAUGGUUUGGCAUAUGCUUCACUUUCUAUGGCGCUCGGGAAUUUUUACAUGUGGCUAUACACAUACAACAUCAUUCGGAUAUUUUCAAGGGACGUUAUAGAUGAUGCAAAUCACCCCGAAGUUGGAGAUGAAUCAUUUGGAAACAACACAGAAUUCCUACUUAAACCUACUGAAUAUUCUCUAAUGACUCCUAACAACAAGAUUCCAAUGUCAUCAAAGUUUCAACAAUUGUUGUCCCAAUUCUCAGGAAAGAUCAAUCUCAAGCCAUUGUUUUCACCUUCUACUAUUGGCGUGCUAGUUGGAUUUAUGAUUGGUUUAAUUCCUCCUCUGCGGAAGUUGCUGAUUGGUAAUGAUGCACCUCUCCAUGUAAUUCAAGAUUCAGCUUAUAUGCUUGGGGAUGCAACUAUCCCAACCAUCACGUUAAUCCUUGGAGCAAACUUGCUUCUAGGUUUAAAGGGAUCCCAAAUUCAGUUUAGAAUUGUAAUUGGCAUAGUAGCCACACGUUACAUAUUACUUCCCUUACUCGGCAUCCUUAUAAUUAGAGGAGCUAUUCGCGGUGGUAUUCUAAAAUGUGAUCCCUUAUUUCAGUUUAUUUUGCUACUUCAAUAUGCAGUCCCGCCUGCAAUGAACAUAAGCACAAUGACAGAGCUAUUUGGAAAUGGUCAAAGUGAAUAUUCGGUGAUAUUGUUGUGGACGUAUGGUCUAGCUGCGGUUGCACUCACUCUUUGGUCCACUAUCUUUUUGUGGCUUGUGGCUUCUUAGUAACUCUUCAUUUUGAACUACUUUCCCGCUCACUAAUCCACAUAUAGUACUACAACAAGGUCUACAACUUUACGGUUCGCAUGUGAGAGGGGCAGAGGGCAUGCGCUUAAAAUAUCGAAGUUAUAUUACUUCUUACAAGUAGGGGAAAAAUUGGAGAUCCCGGCCUCUUACAAAUCCCGGUCAACUUUGGUUAUGGAUCCCCUUUAUGAAAUAUACACUAUCAAAUGCUAUACUUUUGUAUUAUAGAUUUAGUGGUAAUAUACAGAUAAAUAUAUAUACGUACAUGAGUACUCUACAUAUAUAUUGAUCUUCAAUCUUUAUAGAGAUGUAUCUAGACUAAAUGCUAGCUACCUUAGUUGGUUUUAUCUGUUGAAUUUAAGUAUUAGGAUCAAAUUUCAUUUGGAUUAUUUGUCGUUCAAAUUAAUAGUGUUAUGGGAUUUUGGAGAUGGUAA